GCUGGCACAGGCUGUGGGGACCAGAGGCAGACGAGGAGACAGUGGUGUGCCCCGAGUCACUGCGGUGUAGUGUGCGGUUACCUGGAGCCAGCCAUUGAUGCCCUGUGCUAUCCAGAGCUCCGCUCCUCCUGGCCCGCGGGUGAAGGAAGUUUUUCUAUGUGCCAGCUGUAUGUAAGUGCCCCUGCAUCCUGUGUGCGAAGUUCUCAUCACCAGGACACUGACAAAGCUCCGUCUGUGCAAAGCAGGGAUUGGCAAGCAAUAUGAAGAAAGUUCAGCCGUUUCUGUGUGGCUGUAGAGAUGCUGGAUACUGAGGAUCAGCCCACGUGAGGAGCGUAUCCUGGUCUACACCACCAUCUCUAUAGUUGACUGCAUUCUUCAGCCACUUGUGACCGGAUUCUGUAGACACCCAAAUUACAGAUUUAUCAAUGGCUCCCCUCCUGGAAUAUGAAAAUCAAAUCUUCCUAGACCUGUUCCAUGAGGAUGGGCUCGUCAUCGCCGCUCGCGGACUUGGCAUUGAUAGAAUCCUGCAGAAUUUCUUGAAGCUUUAUUGUGAUCCUGGGAACUUGGUGCUGGUGCUAAAUACCAAUACUGCAGAGGAGGAAUAUCUGAUUGAACAGAUGAGAUCAGAAGGAGUCACCGACUUGCCACGGAUUGUCACCAAUGAGGUCAGCAGUAACGAGCGCUAUGAUGUAUACACACAAGGCGGAGUACUAUUUGUCACUAGUCGCAUCCUUGUGGUUGAUUUCCUCACUGAUAGGAUUCCAGCCAACUUGAUAACUGGUAUCCUUGUGUAUAAGGCACACAAGAUUAUGGAGUCCUGCCAGGAGGCCUUCAUACUGCGCUUAUAUCGGCAAAAGAACAAGCAGGGCUUCAUAAAAGCCUUCACGGACAAUCCGGUCGCCUUUCACACUGGUUUCUGCCAGGUGGAACGAGUAAUGAGAAAUCUGUUUGUCAGAAAACUUUAUUUAUGGCCAAGGUUUCAUGUGUCUGUGAAUUCAUUUCUGGAGAAACACAAGCCUGAAGUGGUGGAGCUGCACAUCACAAUGACCCCAGCCAUGCUGGCUAUACAAGCAUCCAUAUUGGAUAUAAUGAACGAGUGCCUGAGGGAGCUCAAACGUUACAAUCCUGCUCUAGAAGUGGAAGAUCUGUCCCUAGAGAAUGCCAUUGGCGGGGCCUUUGAAAAGACUAUACGCCAUUACUUGGACCCCUUGUGGCAUCAGCUUGGAGCCAAAACGAAAUCGUUGGUUCAGGAUUUAAAAAUCCUCCGCACUCUUUUACAGUACCUGUCUCAGUACGACUGUGUGACAUUCCUGAAUCUGCUGGAGUCAAUGAGAGCCAGUGAAAAAGCAUUUGGGCAAAAUUCAGGGUGGCUGUUUCUUGACUCGAGUACGUCUAUGUUUGUUCAUGCUCGAGGCCGGGUCUAUAGCGUUCCUGACUCUAAAUCUACCAAAAAAUGUAAAACUGAUGAACCAAAUGAGAAACGGGAUGGAAAGAGAGAGUUGGUUCUAGAAAGCAAUCCUAAGUGGGAAGCUCUGAGUGAGGUUCUGAAAGAGAUUGAAAUGGAGAACAAGACCAGUGAUGCUCUCGGUGGACCAGGCCGUGUAUUGAUUUGUGCCAGCGAUGAUCGUACCUGUGCUCAGCUGAGAGAAUAUAUUGCAGUGGGGGCCGAAGCACUGUUGAUGAGGCUGUACAACAAAACCUUCGGGAAAGAUGAAAAAGCUGCUGAACUGUGGCUGAAGAACCGAAAAACUGUCAAGAAGAAGGAUUCAGGUGCAAGUGGGAAAAAUGCUCGUGCAAAGACGACAAAAGAAGGCACAAAUAAACAGAAAAGAAAUUUAAAGAAGACUGAACUGACUUUAACACAGAUGGUUGGUAAAGCGGAGGAAGAUGAUGUCAAAGAUCAGGAUAGAGAGGAAAGUAUGAGCAUAGAGAGCGGUGUAGAAGAACCGAACUAUGAAGACCUGCAGUUGAAUUUGCCUUCAGACUGUUAUUACGGUGUCUUGAAGGAGCCCCUCACUGUCAUCCAUCCUUUGCAAGGCUGCACUGACCCCUAUGCACUUACCAGAGUACUGCAUGAAGUGGAUCCAAGAUACGUUGUCUUAUAUGAUGCAGAUCUCAGCUUUGUGCGACAGCUUGAGAUAUACAGGGCAAGCAUGCAAAAGACUUUAAGAGUUUAUUUUCUUAUCUAUGGUGGAUCCACAGAAGAGCAGAGAUACCUCACUUCACUCAGGAAGGAAAAAGAAGCAUUUGAGAAGCUGAUUAGGGAGAAGGCCAGCAUGGUAAUCCCUGAGGAAAGAGAAGGAAGAGAUGACACAAACUUGGAUCUUCAGAGAGAUGUUACUCCUGCCUCUAAUGUCACCGAUACCCGUAAAGCUGGAGGCCAGCAGCGGAAGAACGUGCAGCACAACAUCAUUGUGGACAUGAGGGAAUUCCGCAGUGAGUUACCAUCUCUGAUCCACAGACGCGGCAUUGACAUAGAACCUGUCACUCUAGAAGUGGGAGAUUAUAUCCUGACGCCAGACAUAUGUGUAGAGAGAAAAAGCGUGAGUGACCUGAUUGGCUCAUUGAACAAUGGACGUCUCUACACGCAGUGCGUUUCCAUGUGCCGAUACUACAAGCGGCCCAUUCUUCUGAUAGAAUUUGACCCCAACAAGCCAUUCUCUCUCACGUCUCGAAGUUCAAUCCACCAGGAAAUUUCUGUGAAUGACAUCACCUCAAAAAUCACCCUCCUCACUCUGCACUUUCCUAGACUUCGUAUUCUGUGGUGUCCGUCACCUUAUGCCACCGCAGAACUGUUUGAGGAGCUGAAGCAGAACCGGCCACAACCUGAUGCUGCGACCGCCAUGGCUAUUACUGCUGACUCGGAAACCAUCCCAGAAUCUGAGAAAUAUAAUCCAGGCCCUCAGGACUUCCUUCUCAAAAUGCCAGGGGUUAAUGCCAAAAAUUGUCGAGCCAUAAUGAAUCAUGUAAAGAACAUAGCAGAGCUGACAACGCUAUCUCUAGAGAGGUUGUCUGAGAUUCUCGGGAACUCUAACACAGCAAAACAACUUUAUGAAUUCAUUCACACGUCUUACGCCGAGGCAGUUUCCCAGGGGAAAGCCAAACGUUGAUGUAUUCUUACAGAGAAUAUUUAUUUUUUUAAUAUUUGUAGCUGUUCUUACUUUUCAUCAUCUAACGGCUGAUGACAAAUAUUUUAUUCCUAUGUAAAUAAUGAGAUUCUGUCCUAAUUACAGUAUGUAUCAUUUGUAAACUUGCUAAUAUAGAUGCAAAAAUAAUACGAUUUUCUCAUUAACAGCACAGUUAAAAGGGUUUUACUAGAUUUUUGAACUGAUGACCGAUCCUCUGGAUAGUAUUCCAAUCAAAGUUGACGGCAGCAUAUCCAUUAGAAG